CCAAGCCCGCGUCCUCGAAGUAAGGGUUUGCAUCAAGGUCAGGAUCAACAACAUCCACAAGGAACACCAGCCAGUGGAACACCAACCAGGACGACCUCGACACGAGAACACGCACACGAAACGAGACGAGGCUCGGACCACGCAGGUCGCCCGAUUCUAGACCGGACCCGAGUAAGCAUCAUCGCAAGCGCCAUCGACUCAUCGCAAGCGACAACUCCACGGCCCACUCCUCACCUUACCCGGACCUUACUAUGGCGGGGGAGCACGCCGGGGAUGCGUCAUUCUAUGACUUCCUCAUCGACGAGCCCGAGAUUGCCAUGCCCAUUCCGACCCCAGCGUCCUCCGAAGAACGCCUCGAUGCGACCCCGAACACCACCGGCCGGCCCCAUCUCGAACAUCUAGCCCGCCUACAACAGCCCAUUUCCUCGCCAAAUCGCACCAGCGCCCAGCCACAGCGGCACCUGCCGAACCCAGUCGACCCGCGCCACCCUUCCCUUGCUUCUGUGGCUUCCCACGUGGCGCCGCCGCCCCAGCCGCACCUCCCCACUCGCCAUCCCCAGCUCGAUCCGUCACGUGCUGCAUCACGCCCCCUCCUGCACCCGCAACAUCCAGGCGUGCUCGACUUACACGCCCGCGACUUACACGCCCAUCACCCUCACGGCUCAGCAGCUCUGGCGCCUGCGACCUAUGGAACUCCCAUUACUAUGGCGCCGGCGGUCUCUUCGAUGCCCGUGGAUUGGAGCCUGUAUGGCGUCGCUCACCCUUCCAUGGCGCUGAACCCGACUCCGUUCGAUUUUGAGGUGCCCGGGACCAUGAUACCCCCAAUGCCCCAUCACGCGCACCUCUCGCCGACCGUCUCCGAUGCCACUCUGGGAUAUGGAAAUGCACUGGUCUCUCCUUCCAGCAUCCAUUCCUCCCAGAGCCAAUACGGAUUCGGCACUUCCUGGGACGAGAGCCUUGGCCACCGCGACGGCAGCACUCCAACGGUAACUACCCCGGCGGCUCAGAUCUCAACCAAUCCCUGGACCGAUCUGGAUGAACUUCAGGAAGAAACCGAGCGUGCCCAAGGUUCCCGUCCCAAGAAGGCUCCCCGCCCCAGAAGACAGAAGAAGGACGCUCGCAAGUCCAGCGACGCCAGCGUCAGGACGUCCCCCGAUGCUGGCAGCCCCAGCUCUGCCUCCCAGAACAGCCGAGCCAGUGCCGCAUCCAAGGCCACUUCCAUGGCAUCUUCCAAUGUCUCCUCGUCGUCCACCUCCAGCCGUCUCAGUAAGCUCCGCAGCGCCUCUCGCACCUCCAAGAACAGCUAUACCAAGCCCUCCGACACCCCAGAAGAGCGCCGUACCCGCGCCUCCCACAACCUCGUCGAGAAGCAGUACCGAAACCGCCUCAACGCCCAAUUUGAGUCACUCCUCAAUGCCCUCCCUGAGAAUAUCCGCACGGGCGGUGACGGCGAGGACUCCGAUGGCGGCGGACCCGUUGACUGGGGCGACAGGCGGGUGAGCAAGGGCGAGGUGCUCGAGAUGGCCCGCAAGCACAUCGAAACACUCGAGCAAGAGCGCGAUAUGCUCGAGCGCGAGAAAAACGAGCUUCAGGGAAGUCUGCAUCAACUCAAGAACUCUGCUUCGGAGGGUGAAGGCACAAUGUCUGCAGGUCACGACACACCACUAGAUUUCAGCAUCAGCAUGGACGAUGACGAUGACGACGAGCCAAAAUAAGCGCACUUCGAUCGCUAUAAUUUGCACGACACGAAAAUCUACACCAAAUUCAUUCGUUUGCCGGUUUAUAUUCAAGGCUUCUACUUCAAAAGGAAAUUAGGCAAGGGUCCAGGUUUUGCAAGGAACAGGCUUCAGAUAGCACGUUUUCACGAACAGGUGGAGUUGCACAAGACUGGGGAUGGGGAUCUGGGCAUCCAGUGCUACGCUGAGGCGGGGACAUGGACGGGGGGUUGGACUUUUGCUUCUAA